GCAGGUGGUGCGGUCCGGUGUCAGAACCCGGAAGCGAAGCUUCAACAAGGCGGCGCCCGGUCACGGUGACGCUUCUGCUCCAUCGCUGACAUGGCUGAGAACAUCUACCUCUUUGUGCCCAACAUCAUCGGGUACGUGCGGAUACUCCUGGCGUUACUCUCCUUCUGGCUAAUGCCUCACUCUCCAGUGGGGGCCAUCACGUGCUACGGGAUCAGCACUUUGUUAGAUUCCGUUGAUGGACACGCCGCCAGGCUUCUGGAUCAGUGCACCAGACUGGGGGCGAUGAUGGACAUGCUAACGGAUCGAUGUUCUACCUUCUGCCUCAUGUUCACUCUCUGCAUCUUCUACCCAUCCUACGCCUUCAUCUUUCAAGUCAGCGCCGCGCUGGACAUCGCCAGUCACUGGCUGCAUCUCCAUAGUGUCACUCUCCAGGGAGCUGGGAGCCACAAGCAGAUUGACCAGGGAGGAAACAGUAUCCUUCGAUACUACUAUUCUAACAAGGCAAUAUUAUUCCUAAUGUGUGUUGGAAAUGAAUUAUUUUAUAUGUCUCUUUACGUCUUAUAUUUUACUGAGGGAUGGAUGGUGCCGGUUGUGGGGGGAGAUCUCUCCUUGCGUCCUAUCCUCUGGGCCUGUCUCCCGGUGGCCGUGGCUAAGAGCGGGGUGAACGUGGUGCAUUUGGUGUCAGCCGCCCGCACGCUGGUGGCCAUCGAUCAUGUGGAGCGAGCGAGGGGAGGGGGAGGUGGGGAUGUAUCAAUCUAUAAAUUGGUCCUAGUGUGUGUAGGGUAGUGCUGGUGUACUGGGAUCGCUGGUCGGUGUGGGCUCGCUGGGCCAAAGGGCCUGCUUUGUCUCCAGUCUAAACAAUAAAUGACAUAACUGAGA